AUGUCCACGACCACGACCACGACCACGUCUUCCCAAAUCAUCCACCACGCCACCGCCUUCAUCUCCGAAACACUCUCACAAGCCGACCUCCGCCACCGCGUCUUCUCCGCCUUCACCAAUAAAAUCCCAUCUUCCAAUCAAAUCAUUCUCAAACCCCUACACCUUGCUGCUGAAACGCUCGAAAACGCCAUUUCCACCUCAAACCCCUCAAUUCGAUCCUCCUCUCUCCGCCUUGCGGAAAAGCUCCUUAUCUCUCCCAUUCAUAACACCAUCCCUGAAAACCCAUUUUCCUCUUUCCUUCUAUCACUAAUUCACUCUCUUUGUCACCGUCCCAUCGAUGCUUCACUUAGCCUACUCGAUGUUUUCUACAUUGACCCUUCUUUAGCUAGAUCGGAAGUUGCACCUGUUGUGUUCGAGGAAUUGUUUCUUAUACAUUUUCUUCCUGUUUUUCAAUGGUUCAAUGAUCAUAGAUCGAAAAUUUUGUCUUCUUUAUCGCAAAAUGUUGGUUACAAUUGUGAUGAUAGCUCUAUAUGUGAUGACUCGGUGGUUUUCUCAAGCACGAGGUCGUUGUCGCAGAUGAGUGGCGAUCAAACUUCGGAGUUGAAAGAGUUGGAGAAAGAUUAUGAGGAGGUUCUUGAUGAGAAUUGCAGGAUUUUUGCUGGGUAUUUUAAAGAGGUUUUGGCAAACAAAGAUGGAAAUAGGUUAAUCGACCCGCCAUCUGUGGUAUUGGAAAAGACUGGAAAAGGCCAUAAAUCUGAAUAUAGCAAAGAUGAGAAGAUCAAAGCUGGAGAACCUGGAUUGAAAAACGGACGGUAUAAUCCAAUGUGGGCUGAAGGAGAAAAAUCAGUUGAAUUCAACCGUAGUAGUGCCAAAAGCCUAUCCCAGUUUCCAUCUUUCUAUCCCGAAAGAGUCUCUCCAAAAGUCUUUACAAACCAAAGAUCUUCUAGGAAAUCAAAAACGUUACCAAAAGAUGAUUCUGACACCGAACUCGAGCCUUCUUCUGACGACAAUUUGAGCGAUUACUCUUCUUCAGAUUCUGAUGCCGAAAUAGAGGAAAAGAACAAAAAAUCAUCAUUGUUUGACACUAGACAAAGCCCCUCCCAAAAACAAAAGCAGCCCAUUUCUGCAGAAUCAAGUGGUUCUCCAGAUCUUCUCAUGGCUGAGAUUGAUAACCCACCCGGUGGAGAAAAACACACACCGCCUAAGGACUUUGUCUGUCCCAUAACUAGCAACAUAUUUGGUGAUCCUGUGACUCUCGAGACUGGUCAGACUUACGAACGUAAAGCAAUCCAAGAAUGGCUUGAAAGAGGAAACUGCACGUGCCCAAUUACACGCCAGAAGCUGCACCGUACUCAACUGCCUAAAACAAAUUAUGUACUUAAACGUCUCAUUGCAAGUUGGCAAGAACAGAACCCCACUUCAAUUCCCGUCCAAUCUGAGAAUUCACAACCAGAAAGCAAACCAGUUUUUAACUCGAUGAUGCGGUCAACUUCUCCUAACAGUGUUAUAAGCCAAGCCACCAUUGAUGGCACAGUUAGUGAGUUGCAUCUAGUCAUUACCAACCUUUGUAUGUCAGAAAUUUUGAAGGAGUCUGAAAUGGCAGUACUUCAAAUUGAACGGUUCUGGCAGGAAGCCAAUAUGGAAGUUGAGAUUCAAGCUAUGCUCUCAAAACCUCCUGUUAUUAACGGGUUUGUGGAGAUCCUAUUCAAUUCUGUUGAUCCUCAAGUCUUAACUGCAACAAUUUUUCUCCUGUCUGAGCUUGGGUCGAGAGACGGUGCCGUGAUUCAGACACUGACCAGAGUUGAUUCUGAUGUGGAAUGUGUUGUUGCUCUUUUCACGAACGGGCUCUUGGAAACUGUUGUGCUGAUUUACCUGUUAAGACCCUCCUCCAUAAGCCUUAUCAAGAUGGACAUGGUGGACACACUCUUAACAGUGAUUAGAAAUAAAGAAGAUGAUAUGAUUAAAAUGUGUAUGAAGCCAAAAACAGCGGCAGUGCUUUUGUUGGGACAAAUAUUUGGAAGUGCAGAGGAGAUUAGUUUAUCUGAAAUUACUAGGAGGGUGAUUAUGGGGAAAGUAAUUGAGAGUAUUGUUGCAAGCUUGCAAUCCGACUGGGCAGAGGAAAGGAUAGCAGCUGUUGGUAUCUUGUUGAGAUGCAUGCAAGGGGAAGGCAAGUGCAGGAACAGCAUUGCUGAUAAGGCUGAGUUGGCUCCUGUUUUGGAGUGUUUCACGGGGGCUAGUGAUGGAGAGCGGUUUGAGAUAGUUCAUUUUCUCUUUGAAUUAGUUAAGCUGAAUAGACGGACAUUUAACGAGCAAAUCCUCCAUAUCAUAAAAGAUGAAGGUACUUUAAGUACAAUGCACACCCUCCUCAUAUAUUUGCAGACAGCCCUCCAAGAUCAAUGCCCUAUUGUAGCUGGUCUUCUUCUCCAGCUUGACCUUCUGGAGGAGCCAAGAAAGAUGAGCAUAUACCGAGAAGAGGCAAUAGAUACACUUAUUUCAUGCCUAAGAAAUUCUGACUUCCCUGCUGCUCAAAUAGCAGCUGCUGAGACAAUUUUGGCCCUCCAAGGAAGAUUCUCUUCUUCUGGAAAGCCCCUCGCUCGGGCUUUUCUUCUUAAACACGGAGGAGUUGACAAAAGUCAUAAAUAUGUUAUGAGAAAGGAACAGCUUAGCACGAUGUCUGGAGAGAUUCAAGAAUCAUUGGAAGAAGAGAAAGCUGCUGAGGAGUGGGAAAGAAAAAUGGCAUUUGUUCUUGUCAGCCAUGAAUUUGGUCUGGUGUUUGAAGCUUUAGGGGAAGGCUUAAAGAGUAGAUAUGCUGAGUUAUCUUCAGCAUGCUUUGUGUCAGCCGCGUGGCUUGUACACAUGCUCAAUGUUCUUCCAGACACAGGCUUACGAGGAGCAGCCCGUGUCUGCUUGCUUAAGUGCUUUGUAUCAACAUUGAAGUCUGCAAGGGACACUGAAGAUAAAGUCCUUUCCAUGCUUGCUCUGAAUAGCUUCGUACAUGAUCCUGAGGGGCUGCGUGAUAUAACUUACCACAUGAAGGAUAUUUUAAAAGGUCUAAGAGAGCUCAAGAAAUCCUCCACGAUGGCUUUAGAUAUGCUCAAAGUUUUCGCAGAGGAGCGUGACUCCAGUACUCAGGACCUGUGGAAUCAUAAAGACUUAGUUCAAGAAGAUUGCAGCGUAAAUGGAGAAGUUCUGUCAGUAGUUUACUUCAGAGACAAGAUAUUUUCUGGCCAUUCAGAUGGAACAAUAAAGGUGUGGACUGGUAAAGGUAGCAUUCUUCAUCUUAUCCAAGAAACUCGAAAGCACACCAAGGCAGUUUCUAGCUUGGCAAUUCUACAGUCAGGAGAUAAACUAUACAGCGGUUCACUUGAUAAGACUGUGAGGGUCUGGUCGAUUGGCGGUGAAGUUAUGCAUUGCACACAAGUUCAUGAUAUGAAGGAUCAAGUUCAUAAUUUAGUAGUUGCCAAUAGUGUUGCCUGCUUCAUUCCACAAGGAGCCGGCAUCAAGAUGCACUCAUGGGGCGGAGGAUCCAAACUGUUAAAUCCAAACAAAUCUGCAAAGUGUAUUACCCUUCUACAUGGGAAGUUAUACAGUGGAUGCCAGGAUAAUAGCAUUCAGGAGAUUGAUUUAGCCACCGGAACACUUAAUACAAUUCAAAGUGGCUCGAGGAAAUUACUGGGGAAAGCAAAUCCCAUCCACGCAUUGAACAUUCGUGAUGGGUUGCUAUAUUCGGCUAGCUCUUCCUUGAAUGGAGCAGCUGUAAAGAUAUGGAAUGCUUCAAAUUACAGUAUGGUUGGAUCACUACCAUUGACAUUGGAGGUGAGGGCCAUGGUGGUAAGCUCAGAGCUGAUAUAUUUAGGCUGCAAGGGAGGGACGGUGGAAGUUUGGUGUAGAAAGAAGCAUAAUAGAGUAGAUAUGCUACAAACCGGUUCGAAUGGUAGAGUUCUUUGCAUGGCCCUUGAUGCCGAUGAAGAAGUCUUGGUUAUCGGAACAUCUGAUGGUAAAAUUCAGGCAUGGGGACUGACCUAAAUGAGGAUGAAUAACACAUUUUUGAAAGCUCGAUUGCAAACUUUAAAUCAUCAAUUGACAUUCUUUGGAUCCUUGAAAUAAGCUUCUCCAAUGGGGAGAUAUUUUUGAGAAGUGUAUGUAGUUCAAAAUAUUGACAAUCUUUAUUCUUUCUAGUCACAUUCUAUUGAACUAUAAUGCCUUUUUGUACCAUUGUAUAGAAACUGACUUAUAUAUACACAGAAAUAAAAGAAAGUGAUUGAAUCUUUAUCUUC